CCUUCCUAAGUGUUUUGAAUGUCCACAUCCGAUCUCGACCGGCAAAUCGCCCAGCUGCGACGCUGCGAGGUCAUCAAGGAGAGCGAAGUCAAGGCUCUCUGCGCUAAGGCGCGCGAGAUUCUCGUUGAAGAGUCCAACGUCCAGCGCGUCGAUGCACCCGUCACGAUCUGCGGAGACAUCCACGGCCAGUUUUACGACUUGAAGGAGCUCUUCCAGGUCGGCGGCGACGUGCCAGACACCAACUAUUUGUUUAUGGGCGACUUUGUUGAUCGCGGCUUUUUCAGCGUCGAGACCUUCCUGUUGCUGUUGGCACUGAAGGUGCGAUACCCAGACCGCAUCACACUUAUCCGAGGCAACCACGAGAGUCGUCAAAUCACCCAAGUGUACGGCUUUUACGACGAAUGCUUGCGAAAGUACGGCUCGGUCAACGUCUGGCGAUACUGCACCGAGAUUUUCGACUACCUCUCGCUAUCGGCACUCAUUGACGACAAGAUUCUCUGCGUACACGGCGGUCUCUCGCCUGCCAUCAACACACUCGACGCCAUCCGCACGAUCGAUCGCAAGCAAGAAGUCCCACACGACGGUCCCAUGUGCGAUCUGCUCUGGUCGGACCCCGAAGACAUUGACGGCUGGGGCUUGAGCCCGCGCGGUGCUGGCUAUCUCUUUGGCAGUGACAUUGCCGCUCAGUUUAACCAGACCAACAAUCUGGAUUUGAUUUGCCGCGCCCAUCAACUGGUGAUGGACGGCUACAAGCUCCACUUUAACGGUUCGGUGGUCACCGUCUGGUCUGCACCAAACUACUGCUACCGCUGUGGCAAUGUUGCGGCCAUUCUCGAGCUGGACGAGCAUCUGAACACGAAUUACAAGAUUUUCAACGCUGCUCCUCAGCAAGAAAACCGAGGCGCGCCCGUCAAGAAGCCGCAAGCUGAUUAUUUCCUUUAAGAGCCACAGUAGCAACUCGCUAUUUUCGAGAGGGAAGAAAAAAAAUGUUUGUCUCGCCAGAAUUUUUCGUUCUUUGCACUUUACGCAAAGAGCGGAGUUUGAGAUAGUUUGAUUUUCUAUGUGUUUUUCGUCCUUCACCUUCUUUCCCCCCCCCCCAUCAAACCACACCCAUCCGCGCGCCAAUGUACUACCGGUUUGCUUCAUGUAUGUGCGUGCGCCUUCAAUAUCACGCCCACACUCUUACCUCUUCCCCCUAACACGUUUUCUGCCACUUUUUUUUUUUCUGUGUGUGUUCCUUUUUGUCGUUCUUUGUUACGGUCGUUGUUGCCGCUGUUGCCGUUUUUCUGUCGAGUUGACCAGGUGUUUGUUUUGCUGCCUGUGUAUACAUAAACCACUGCGUUUUUUUGAAUCCGUA